AUGGCUUCCACCAACACCAAUGAGAUCAUCCAGCUAAAUGCUCCACUCACUUUCCUAUCAAACUCACCACCACCAACUUCCCAGUUUGGCGCCGGCAGGUUCACGCCACUCUUGUUGGCCUCAAUCUCAUGGGCUACGUUGAAGGUCACGACGGCUCAUGAUGCGUGGCAACGCCUUGUUGCAGAUUAUGCUAGUGCCUCCCGAGGACGUAUUAUCUCCCUCAAGGCCAAGCUAACCAGAAACCCGAGAGGCUCUCGGUCUAUCUCAGCAUAUCUCAAUGAUAUGCGAGCCGUAGCUGACGAUCUUGCCUUGGCUCAGUGUCCGGUGUCUGAGGAAGAUUUGCUCGUGCACAUUCUGACUCAGCUAGGAGAAGAGUACAACUCCAUCAUUUCUGCAGUCCGCGUUCGUGAGAAACCUCUCUCGUUGGGUGAGUUAGCCGAUGUGCUACCUGACCAUGAACUUCAGUUGAAGGAUGCAGAUGAUUCACGCCAGUUGUUAGCAACUACCAAUGCUACCCAGCGGACUUCGUCCCCUCGAAACAACCGACAGUUGAACUUCAAUCGCAAUACCCAUACCAAUACUAACAAUUACAGAGCGAAUAGAUCGACUUGGAAACAAGGUGACACUAAUCGGCCCACUGUUAUAUGCAAGUUUUGCAACUUUGCAGGACAUGAGACGAAAGUUUGCCGCAAGCUGGCUAGGUUCCUAAAAGAGCAUAAUGUCCUCACCACCCAGAUGCCACCUACAGCCCAGUCUGCGCUAGUAUCUCCACCCUGGAUGUUUGACAGCGGUGCAUCGCAUCACGCCACUUCUAGUCUCGAGUCACUGCAGUCAAUCUCUGAGUACAAUGGACCUGAUGAGGUUCGCCUGGGUGACGUCUGUUAUCCCUACUCCAUCCUCUGUCCUUAA